CCGGAAGCGUGUUCGAACGCGCGUACGCGUCUCGUCGGAUCAUUUGCGCGGCGCGGCUCGUUCGUCGGAUUAACUCGCCCGGAAAAAUUCGCCGCGAGAGUUUCGCCGAGGUCGACCAUCCGCGGAUCUCCCGCGCGAAUCACGAGCUUGUUGAAAUUAAUGUAAGAAACUAGAUGAUAAAAGUGGAAAUAGACGGCGCCCGACGUUCGAGGGACGAUUUAUUUACGUUGGUAAAUAUUUGGUAACUAUCGCGCGUGUAUCGAUAACGAUGAUAGGUAUAACAUCGGAUUGUUGAGAAAUAUGAUUACCUUGGGUAAACGGACAGUAAAACGGAUUAUACCCAUCUCGCGGGAUGCUCGCGUUCUUAUACAACGCGCCGUUAUUUUUCUACCGUUUCACUCCACUUUCCGCGAUCGCCUCACUGUCCCGGGUGCUCACUGGACUAUUACGUACUUUCUACUGCUCGUUACAGAUAAUCAGUGGCGAACAACCUGCCAUCGACAAUGCGUGCGGUUUGCCAAAGUGGACUGGCGAAUAUUAAUGCAAAAUAUUCGUGAUCGCGCGUUUGUUUUAAUUAACGCGGUUAAUUCAGGCGUUACGACAAUCUCGAAAUCCUUUUUUUUAUUUUUUUUUAUUUUUUAUUUGGUACAUAGAUCUCGCCGCUAGAAGAAAUACAAGCAUCUAACAACACGGGAAAUGUAUCUCCGUCUUGUCCAUAAAUUGAAGCCACACGCUUCUCCUGUUUUCAACUUUGACACUUUAUAACCCGAUAACCGACUCCCGUUCCGAGAAUACAGUCGUAAUAAUAAUAUUUCUCAGUAAUGAAAAUAAUCAAUGCCAAAAGUCACACGUUAUCUAAUCGCGUACUCUCCAUAGUCUACAAAACACAUAAAGUAGUUGCAGUUGCAUCCGUAUCGCUCAUUGUCAGUUAAUCUUGUCUACCACUUAAUUUCUCACGAUGUCGCGAUUUCUUCUGCUCUUCUGGCAAGUCGUCCUGCUCGUCUCGGCGAGCAUCUCGUCGGAAGAAAAGGAGCCAACCUGUCGAAACAUCGGCAGCUUCAAUGUCUGCCACUACGAAGGGGUGCUCGUCGAAGUUACGCAGCGUCGUUUCGAAGAUAGAUUGGUCAUCAAUUUGGGUCUCCUAGCGAUUCGGGAGGACGCCUUCAAGAAUGUAACGGUGGCACAUCUAUACCUGAAUGAAGGUAACCGGAUAUCCGAUGUGACGAGAGGAUCCUUCCGCGGUCUACCCAAGUUGCUGCAUCUCUAUUUGAUUAAUAAUGUGAUAACGUUGUCGGAACACUUGUUCGCGGAACUGGGAGAACACCUGGAAUCGCUGUCGUUGGCUUUCAACAAAAUCGAUUCGAUACCGGAAGACUCGUUUGCCGGUCUGUCGAAGCUGAUGUGGCUCUUCUUAGAGCACAACGAUAUCGAGGCGGUCAACACGAAAUCCUUCUCAAAUCUGAGUAUCGAGCUGCUGAACCUGAGGCACAAUAAAAUCUCCCGCAUCGCGCCGGGCACCUUCGCCGGAUUAACCGAAUUGAGAUACCUUGACUUGGAAUCCAAUCAGCUGGAAGACUUGCCGAGCGGUGCUUUUCGAGGAUUGAACAAGUUGGAGAAUCUCUACUUAAAUAACAAUCGAAUAACGAGCAUCUCCAGGGCACUCCGUGACUUGGCCGGUCUGAAAAGACUCCAUCUUCAGCAGAACGAGAUCAGCGCUCUCGAGCCGGAAACGUUCCGGGAUCUGUCUCAGCUGGAACUGCUGCGACUGGACGGAAACAAACUGUCUCAUGUUGUAGUCGGCACUUUUGCCGGGCUCUCCAAUCUCAAGCACAUCAACCUGUCCAACAAUCACAUCCGCACGGUGGAUAAUGACGCUUUUACUGAUUUAGUCAAUGUGCAAAAUCUCGGUUUUGAUGGCAACAACUUGACCGAAAUCAACAAAGCGAUUAGUGGCCUUCCAAAUAUUGUCUGCACUACAGUGCCUUGAGAUAUUGUGUCUGAGGCAACAACCUUCAUACUAUCCAGAUAUCGAACUAAAAAUAACGAAAAAUAUUUAUGUAAUCUGCAACGAUAAUUAUUAAUAUUGUGAUAUACGUUACAAUUUUAUCGCUAAAAGAAACGUAAGCAUUUAGCAAUACCG